AUGAGCAACAGCGACAAGCGUGCGGAGAUUUAUACCUAUGUGGCCCAGGACCCCGUCUAUGCGAUGAACUGGAGCGUCCGCCGUGACCGGCGCUUUCGGUUGGCGGUUGGUUCGUUCCGCGAAGAUGUAACCAACUACGUGGAAAUCAUCAGCCUGGAUGACGAUGCUGCUGAGCUGCGCUCCGACCCCUCCCUGCGCUUCCACCACGACUACCCCGCCACCAAGCUCAUGUGGCUUCCCGACAGAGAGGGCUGCAGACCCGACCUGCUAGCGACCACGGGGGAGGCGCUUCGGAUCUGGAGAGUUCUGGAUCCGGAUUCAGUUGCGGGGGACGGGGAGGACCUACGAGCUCUGCUGAAUAACAACAAGCAGUCCGAGUUCUCCGCUCCGCUGACCUCCUUCGACUGGAACGAAGCGGACCCCAAGCGGCUGGGAACCUCCUCCAUCGAUACCACCUGCACGAUCUGGGACAUCGAGAAAGGGGAGGUGGACACGCAGCUGAUUGCACAUGACCGGGAGGUGUACGACAUCGCCUGGGGAGGACUGGGGGUAUUUGCAACCGUGUCGGCAGACGGCUCCGUGCGCGUGUUCGAUUUGCGUGACAAGGAGCACAGCACCAUCAUCUACGAAAGCCCCCAGCCCGACACGCCGCUGCUGAGACUGGGCUGGAACCGGCAGGACCCCAGGUACAUGGCCACCAUACUCAUGGACUCACCCAAGGUGGUAAUUCUGGAUAUCCGGUACCCCACGUUGCCGGUGGCGGAGCUGCACCGCCACCAGGCACCCGUCAACGCACUGGCCUGGGCGCCCCACUCAGCACAACACAUAUGUACCGCGGGGGACGACUCGCAGGCGCUCAUCUGGGACGUCUCAGCUGUGGGCAGUGGCGGUGGUCAGCCGGGGGCGUUAGGGGGGGGAACCGCGGGGGAUGUGUCCCUGGAUCCCAUCCUGGCGUACGGCGCACAGAGCGAGGUGAACCAGCUGCAGUGGAGCUCCGCGCAGCCCGACUGGGUGGCCAUAUGCUUCGCCAACAAGACCCAGAUCCUCAGAGUGUGACCCCUGUGGGACCUGCGGCGACUUGGCUAGGCUUGGAUAACUCAGCGGCUGCGACUUUGCCCAUGUUUCGCACUCCCGUAGUGCAGAUGGCACGAGUGUGGGGGCAGGCAGGAUCAACAGCGUCGCCUUGCCUCAGGCCACAUGACUCCGCCAUGUCUGGGUGUGUAGGUCCGCGGGCGCUGCAUAAAAAAAGCAAUCGUGGCAUUGGAGAGCGCGGAUGCGUGCCGAAAAAUCUUGCGUUUUGCCCGAGGGCUGAUGGGUCCUGGGUCGAGGAGGAAGGGUGCGGUUAGAGAGGACUUUCACACUGAAUGGCUUUCUUUGAGGAGCCCUCGACCCCUGUAUGCAAAUUUAGCCUCCCCGUCCACAAGGAGGCAUGCUGCGGCUUUUUGCGGCAAGCUGUCCAAAAUGUGGCAUGCGUAUUCCAGAGGAGUUUUGGAUGUAAGCAGGUGGAACCUGGG